UUUUCUUUUUUCCUUUUCCAUUUCUUUCUUUUGCAAUUUUUGCAUUACGCGCAGAAACCUCACCUCUUUCUCUCACACACACAUAUCCCAAUUCUCACGGCUUUGCAAUUUCUUUCCUCAAAUUGAAGCCAUUUUGCCUGAAAAUUCCACAAUCUCAAACCCAAAUCAAGCAAAAAAUCCAUUUUCAACUCCAUUUGUUUUUCUCAAAUCAACCUAUUCCAAAUUUAUUAUUUUUUCUCCAAAAAUAGAAGGGGAGAAUCUUGUCUCAAACGUGAAAAGGGAUUCUUUAAUUACUCUUUAAGGCACCAUAAUCGACCAAUUUUCACACUUUGCUGUUUUUUAUGUGAUAAUUCACAUAACCCAGUUCGAGUGUUGAAGGCAUGCCUGAGGUGUUGGAGAUAAGUUCUGACGAAGAAGAGGAUGUGAAAGAGGAAUCCAAAAACACUGAUUUUGAAUGGAUACAAGAGUUGUUGUUCAAUUCUGAUGAUGAAUCUGAUGGCGGUUCUGAUGAUGUUGUCUUCAUUCAUGAGAACAAAGCACCAGAGGGGAAGUCAAAGUCUUCAACUUUGUCUGUGAAAGAUGUGAAAGAUGAUGUUGAUGAUGAUGAUUGUGUGGUUUUGGAGGGUGAUCCUGAAAAUGGUGUUACUUCUGUUGAUGAAGAGGAUUCAACAGAAGGGUCAGAUGAUUUGGUUGUAGUUGGAGAGAAGGGUCAGGUUGCAUGUAGAGACUAUCCUCAUGCCCGACAUCUGUGUGCUACAUUUCCUUUCUCAUCCACUCCUCAUGAGAGACACUGUGGCCAGUGCCACUGUUAUGUCUGCGACUCCCUGGCACCAUGUCUAAAGUGGGGCACUGGCAUUUUGAGUUCAGAUCAUUGUCAUGCAAAUGAUAAAACUGAGGUGUGGAAAAUUAAGAGGAAAGAUUUCAAGCGAUCCCUGAGUUCCCCAUUACCAGCUUCAAUUAAUUAUGGCACUUCACUCGGUAUGGUACGUUCGCAAAGUAAUGAAAUUUUUCCUCGUGAUAUCGUUCAAUUGUCUCCGAUUUCCGUGUUACGGACUCAAUCAGCCAGGUCAACUGCAAUGCACACUCCCUCACUCAACUGCAUACCUCAAAAUCAGGUUUCUCGGCCAAAAGCAACGUACAGCCACAUCUCAGUGAAUUCUGGUAUGCAGAAUCAGAUCACUAGACCAAUUAAUACCCAUGUAUCCAAAGUUCCCAACCUAACAAUCCCAAAUGGUGCAAACCAUGGUAGAUAUCUGGAAUCAAGAUCCGCUUUGUCGAGAGACAGAAACCGCCUUCACUCUGUCCCAAAGCAGUCACUGGGUGUACGUAGUCAUGCCAUUCAAAGGGAGCGGGGAACGGGUGCAAGCAGUUUGGGACCACAGCUCCUCCGUUCUCCUACGAUGUCAAAAGGGGCUGUAGGCAGUAUGGGGCGCACAUUGGCAGCAAAUCACCCGUCUCGUGGUUCAUCUGGCUUCAACAAUCAUGUUAACGCAGUACAACAACCUGCCAGUUUUCAUUCUGCUACAAGAUUCUCAAGUCCCAUGAAUUUAUCGAUGUUCUCACAAUCAAGCUUAGGAGGGGUCAGUUUUAAUGGUGUCAAGCCGCAUACCAGGACUCCUGAACCUCAAUAUGGCCAAGCAUCGUCCCAAUCAAACGUUAGCCAGAAUUUCCAUCAAACAUAUAUUCAGGGUAAUGACGCUCCUUAUGGGGCAUGCCAGAAUAGCAAUCAGCAUGGAAAUGAGCUGCAAGUCAAAAGUCAAGAUGAAAUUGCUAGUGGAAAUAUGACACAAAGUGGAAUUACAAGUCAAGAUACUAGCCAAUCAAAGCCACAAGAAGAAAGUUCAAAUAUAUCUGCCGGAGAAUUUUCUGCUUUUGAUCCAAGUUGGACAGAGAAUAUCAGUCAAAGCACUGAACCUCUCAUUGAAUUUCCUCCUGUACAAAGCUCAAGAUCUACAGACCAACCUCCUAAUGUCGAUAAUUCCAUUACUCAGUUUAUUGAAAACGUUGAACCAGUAAAUGAAAGUUCUCGUAUACCUGGUUCAAUUGAUGAUUUUGAAAACUGGCUUCCGGGAAAAGAAACUGGGCCAAUGACAACAGACGAUGUUUUGCCAUUUGAACUGAAUGUACCUUCUCCAGAUCCUAGUCCAUUUGAUGAAGAUCCGAGUAUGCUUUUAUCUUCAUGGUGGUGAAUAAGUUAAACGUAGCAAGCCAAGUGCAGUCUUCAAUGGAAGUGCUCAGACUUGUGUAUAAUGGAACGAUGCCAUUACAGUGGCCACUUAUUUUUUAGUGGCAGUCUUGUAACUGAGUCAUUUGUGUGGCAAGUUUCAUUUUUAGGCUCAUCAAAGAGGCGAUUUGUGUUGUAUGUUCACUAAUCCCCAUAGUUAUUAAUGCGAAGUUAGAUCUAUAGGUUCUGCUAGCAUAGCCUAAUUUAGUUUUGUUAUGUUUAGUUGGAUUUAGCGAAGUCUUUGCUUCUAGGAUAAUGGAUGUGAAGGUCAGAAGGAAGCAGAGUAAAACUAACACAAUCAGAAAGUGUUUGUUUUCUAUCUCAUGUAUUUUAUUUUCAUUUAAGCAGUAAUUAAAGUUUCUAUUUAUCUAAAAUUUGCGUGUAAAGUUAGUUAAGUGUAAGAGUAGUGUUAUUUGAAUGGAAUCUCUUACUGGCUUGAUUUACAGAGAAAUUUGACAUAUUUAA